UCCGGAUGCGGUGAAACGGGCAGAGAAGAAGGAAAACACCGCACGUACAUGGAUUAAUUUAAAUGACAAGACGCCAUCCAUAAAUUCAGCGGAGGACGACGGCACCGUCCAGAAUGGAUUCGUGGAGACAAACACACACGUAGGAAACCGCGAAGUGACGGUGUUUCAGGUUGGAUGUCCGCGAAUGAGCGUUUUGUUUUCACUGACUAGUCGUGUUUGUGUCUUCUUGCUAGCUUAAGCCAGCGUAGCGUUAGCUGGUACGCGCAGACAAACAGCUUCUCCCUCCGGUCAAGGCUGCAUUGGAAACGUCCUUACUGUCAAAAACAAGUACAAAGUUGUCGUCCUAAAAUAUCCAGGGCACGUUUGGGAAACCACACACUGUAUCUGGAGUGACUCGUCAGCAUCGCAACAAGUGGACACAAUGGAUGUGAUCUGGACUUUAGUCUUCACAGAAACAACACAGCAGAUACUUUGUAAAUAACACUUUCCUGUCAGCCGGCAGGCUCCACUACUUUUUCCUCCAUCCGCUGACAGGACACUUUACAAACAGUAUCCUGUGUUUGAAUUUGACUGAAGUGGAGGAAGACUUCCUUGUUUUAUCUUUGUGUCUACACAACUUAUUUUGGACUUAGCUUAGCAUAAGCUCUUCAGCUCAACAGUGAAGGAUGAAUGGCCUCUCUCUCAGCGAGCUCUGCUGCCUGUUCUGCUGCCCGCCGUGCCCCAGCCGCAUCGCAGCCAAGCUCGCCUUCCUGCCCCCCGAGCCCACGUAUACCUUUCUUCCGGACCCAGAGGCAGGCCCUGUUGCACCAGGGGCAACAGGGACAUCCAGCCUGCGGGCACGGAGCGGUGCAUCAGUUGCUGGAAGCGGAGGAGCCGGGGCUGUGGAGGGGAGAUGGAAGCUCCACCUGACGGAGCGAGCAGAGUUCCAGUACUCGCAGAGAGAGCUGGACACGACAGAGGUUUUCCUCACUCGAUCCAGCCGAGGGAACAGAGUCGGUUGCAUGUACAUUCGCUGUGUUCCCAAUGCCAGAUUUACAGUGCUGUUCUCCCACGGUAACGCAGUCGACCUUGGCCAGAUGAGCAGUUUCUACAUCGGCCUCGGCACUCGCAUCAACUGCAACAUCUUCUCCUACGACUACUCAGGCUACGGUGUCAGCACCGGCAAGCCCUCUGAGAAAAACCUCUACGCAGACAUAGACGCUGCCUGGCACGCCCUGCGCACACGGUAUGGCAUCAGCCCGGAGAAUAUUAUCCUGUAUGGACAGAGCAUUGGUACAGUGCCCACUGUAGACCUGGCGUCACGGUAUGAGUGUGCUGCCGUCGUUCUCCACUCGCCUCUAACAUCAGGCAUGAGAGUGGCCUUUCCCGACACAAAGAAAACGUAUUGCUUUGACGCUUUCCCCAACAUUGAGAAGGUGUCCAAAAUCACGUCCCCAGUGCUCAUCAUCCACGGGACAGAGGACGAGGUCAUUGACUUCUCCCACGGCCUGGCUCUGUUCGAGCGCUGCCCCAAGGCUGUGGAGCCUCUUUGGGUGGAGGGAGCGGGGCACAACGACAUUGAGUUGUACAGCCAGUAUCUGGAGCGCCUGCGCCGCUUCAUAGGACAGGAGCUGGCAGUACAACACGCCUGACCGUCACCACCAGGAUCCUCAUCAAUGUCGUCAUUACCAUUUUUCUGUGUCCAAGAGUCAUCCAAACCAUCCCUCAACGUCUGGGGGUGUCGUGCGUCACAAACUGAAGUGCUUCCUUUCCAGGGCACAGGAUGUCUUUAAUGGACCACGGUUUGAUGCAUCUUGGAGAAAAGUAACGUGUUCAUAAGCAUCAGAACGGCGUGAGUGUGAAAGACUUUGUCACAACCUGCGUUCUAGACUGUUGUUUUUGUAGCCGUUCACUUUAAGAGUACAGCUGCUGUGUGAUGCGUGGCAGCAGAUAUAUUCCUAUACUGUGCAAUAACAUGGACAGUGUUCACAGGAAAGAAACUUUAAAUAAUGAAAAGAGAUUUAACAGAACAACAAACUGAUAACUAAUCAUGUAGAUCCAGUACGUUGUGGUCCACAUGGAGAAUUCCCAGCAAUUUUCCAGCCUACUCAUAGAGUUUGUGUGUAACUUUCAUUUUUGCUGUUGACCUAAAUGAAAUGGAUGAUGGUGAAGCACGGGAAACACUAAGAACACACUGUUAAAAGUGCUUGUGACUUGUGUUGGGGAAUAUUAUGUUUUUUAAUCACCUUCUAGAAUAGCAAACAGAUUUGUAACAGAGUUCCCUGUACAGUCUAAUGCAAUCCAUUUUAAAGGGACACUUCACCCCAAAAUCAAAACUACAUAUUUUUCCUUUUACCUGUGGCGCUGUUUUCAGUCUAGAUUAUUUUGGUGUGAGCUGCAGUGUUGGAGAUAUAGCGCCAUCGAGUUCCAUUAUAUUCAAGAGAAGGCAGACAUCUCUACCGCUGAUAUCUCCAACACCCUGCAGCUCACACCAAAACUAUCUAGACUGAUAAAUAGCGCUACAUGUAAGAGGGAAAAUAUGUAUUUUUGAUUUGAGGAUCAACUAACUAUAUUGUCGUUUCCCCGGGUUGGACUGCAUUAUACUGAACAGUGUUUCUAAUAUCCUAAAGCUUCAUGUGUGUACUUGAUACACACAUGCACAGAGAUGAAUUUUGCGUCUUUGAUUUUGUUUUUCACUGUACUGAACAUUUUGCUCAGGUAACCCUCUUUUAGACAUUAGGGUGGGUGUGUUCCACAUUUGUUUGUUUUUUUGUUUGAUAUGCAGCCGGUUAAAUCUCCUCAGAUCCUUUGAGCAAAGAUUUGUAGAAUCGUGCUCAUUGAGUGUGUGCGGUCUGUUGUUAUCUUUAAUUUAAAAUAACAAAGCAAACUAUGAUCCCAAAACGGAGGUACAGACCAAACUGUGAGUUUGGGGAGCCGUUAUUUCUUUCUAUGAUUUCUUCAGUCCUCUCUGCACGACAUCUGUAUCCCAGAGACGGAGAGGGACUGGCUGUGUUUAAGAAGUUCAAGAGGCCUCAGAAAAAAAAAAAAUACCUCCAGCUCCUUCAUUUAGUGGAAUGUCUGAGAGUCUGCUCGUCCUGUCUACUUUGUUUUAGUCUUAGUUCAUCUUGUUUAUGUCUCACACCAGUAGGUCACAGCUGUCAGCGAAGUUCCUGUUUCCCCUCAGUGUCUGGAACAGAGAAGCAACACUAAAAUUAAACAGGCCUCGGUUUUCUACCUCCAGCCUGUUUUCAUCUCCUUAAUGCUGUCUGGCAGCCAUCUUGCUCUUAUGCACACCAUCUUGAGAAGGAAAUGAAAAUUUCACUUUGAAAUCAUGUAUUUUAUGAAAAGUGCAAGUUGAUUUUCUCAUUUUAAUGGCUGAUGACUAAAACUCAUUUCCACUCUUACACAGAAAAGCACAGGAACAGAUGUAUUUUCACAAUAAAAUGCAGCACUAUAGUUCUUUAUAUGUCGUAAAGCAUUAACAAAAUUAGCCAAGAGCACACUAAGAAGCUCUUCUGAGGGACUUGAUUAUUAGGAAUCUGACAGGUCACCUACAGUAUGUGGGCACAUUUAUUGUCCAACAUGAUGACAGUGCUACUCCACUCUUCUGUGCGACAGGUGAAACAUAGAGAGCAAACAGGCUGCGUCCUCUCUGGAUUACAGCCUCUACAAGAACUGCCUAUAACAUCUGUCUGUAUGUCUACACAUACACUUAAUAGUUAAAUAUUUGUACUUAUUUUAGGUGUAACGUCUUGUUAACACUAUUAAUUUUACACAGAAUUCAGUAUAAGAGUGGUACAGUAACUUUUCUAGCUGCCGGUGUGACUUUUGUAACAAUUGAAAACUGUCUCAAACAUGUUGUGUGUGUUCUUUCUGCGCUGAUUAUAAAGGGAAGUAUCACUAAUCAAUACACAAUGAAUUGUCCCUUGUUGCUGCAGAGGCCAUCUUGUCACAAUAUAAGAGUAACUGGUUCAAGAUUAUAUUAUCUGGCUGUCCUGUUCAAGGCAUUUUAUGUUGACUCAUGAGGUAAAUCGUAACCCUUUCCUUUUUACUGCCUACUUCGGAUUCACUGCACUCCAUCAUGACAAAAUCCCUUCGUUCUCUAAGUAAUGGUCUGUUUUACAAGCAGACAUGAGGCGCAGUCUGAAGUAUUCAUCUUAAAGGUGCAACACUCGCCAAGCCACAGAAGCCUGAAGUUAAAAAAAAAAUUAGAAUCUAUGAAAGUUUUAAAUCUAUGGCUAAAAGUUUUGUGUGAGUUUAUCUGAGUUGAUUCACAUGAACCUCAGACAUCGAGUGCUGCACCUUUGAACUUCUUAGUUGAAAGCAGAGAUUACAACUGUUGUCGCUUUUGAAGAGAUGUCAGGAUUUUCAGGUUUUCUCGUGUAUGUAUGAACCAAAGUGUAACUUUCUUUAGGGCUUUACCCAGUGUACCUGCUGCUUCUGUUGGUAUCUUUGCAACCAAAGGCAAACAUGUUCUUUUAUUAGCUUUUUAUUUAUCUGUGUGGUUGGUCUGAUCUUUUUUCCACUGUACAGUACAUUUGGAUACAAAUUUAAUGUGACCAUUUGUCAGAUUGCUAAAUGAUUAUGUUUUAUCAUAUCAUCAUAUUUAGUUUCAAAUAGGCAGCAUCAGAGUUUGAACAGAAUAAAUUACCAAAUUUAAUUGUUAGCUUUUUUCCAGGCUGUUUGUAAGUUAUAAUUUGUGGAGGAGUACAACUAAGCAAUACAGCAAAGCUGUGAGUUUGGAUAUUUGCUUUUUUUUUUAAGAGUGUGGGGGGAUUAAAGGACAAUGAUGAAGCUUCAAACAGACAAAUGAAAAGCUUUUGGCUGAAAAGAAAACUGUCUUUUAUUCAAAUGUUUGGAUUUCUGGUGGAAGUCAUUUGGGUAUAAUUUUUGUCAUCGCACAUUGUCAUCCAUUGUUUAUCAUUGUACUGACUCAUUUUUAGUUUUUGAAGAUUUUGUCUGUUUUUUCUUCCAAGAACUGAAGAGAAUAAGAAGUUAAUAAAACAUAAUCAGAAACUGAUAA